CAAAUAGUGUGUCUAAUGAGCAAGUACAACCAGUUGAACAAUUCUUGGGUGAUGACAUUAACAUAUUGGUAGCGUGGCUCUGCUUAGCUGCGAUGGACACGUCCCUCCAUACGAGAGAACCUAUUAGGGACAGUCAAUUAUCAGGAGCAGAAUGGAUAAGGGAGAUUGUUCAUGGACAUUCAGAUAGGAUAUAUGAAGCAUUUAGGAUGGAGAGACAUGUUUUUCUGAAUUUAUGUGACUUAAUGAGGGUAAGGGGUUGGUUGAAAGAUAGUCGAUUUGUUCAAAUAGAUGAACAAGUUGGGAUAUUUUUAAGUGUUGUUACUCACAAUAACUCAAAUAGAGAUUUAUGUGAGAGAUUCCAACAUUCAGGAGAAACGAUCAGCAAGUAUUUCAACAAAGUGUUGAAAGCAAUGAUCAAACUUUCAAAGGAGAUCAUCAAACCACCGUCCUUUGACGUCAUUCCACAAGAAAUUCUUAUUGAUCCUAGUCAUAAACGCUACUUCAAGGGCUGCGUAGGUGCUAUGGAUGGCACCCAUAUAGAUGUUACCGUUUCUGUGUCUCAGCAGAUUCCAUUUAGAGGUAGGAGUAGGAGAACAACCCAGAAUGUGCUGUGUAUUUGCUCUUUUGAUAUGAAAUUUACUUUCGUGUAUGCUGGAUGGGAAGGAUCUGCCAACGAUUGUCGAGUGCUUUCAGCAGCACUCGAAAAUCCGCAACUGCAAUUUCCCCGACCACCACCUGGGAAAUUUUACGUGGUAGAUUCAGGUUAUGCAGCACUUCCAGGAUUUUUAACUCCAUUUAGAGGCGAUCGGUAUCAUCUAAGCGAGUAUAGAGGGAAUGGAGGACGACCAAGGACAGCAAGAGAAUUGUUCAACAAGAAGCACUCUUCACUGAGAAAUGUAAUUGAGAGGUCAUUUGGGGCAUUAAAGAAUCGAUUCACCAUUUUGAGACAGAUGCCUCCAUUUACAAUUCGGAAGCAAGCACUUGUUGUAAUUGCUUGUUGUGCUCUCCACAAUUACAUUCGUGAUCAAGAUGCGAUGGAUAGAAACUUUUCCCUAUAUGGAGAUCCGGAAUAUCCUUGCGGACCUACAGAAUUGGAGGUUGCAGAUGAUACAUUGCAUGAUGCACCUGGAAUAAACAUGCUUAGGACAAGGAUUGCAAAUAAAAUGGCGAGGGAUCAUAAUAUGCUUGAAAUUUCCUGA